AUGAAAACGAACUAUCUUAUAACAUUCAUACUUAUUGUAUUUAUUAAUGUUGUUUAUUCACAAUUGAUUCCACGCAAAGAAACCAUAAAUAUUUGUGAUAAGCUUGAUGAAUAUGUUAAUUCACUUUAUUCAAAUGAACAAUUUCUUAAUUAUUCGGACAUAAAAGCUUGUUAUGAAUCAACACCGUACAAUAAAACAAAAGCAAUUCAGGCUGUGAAAGAAUAUCUUAAAGCAUUUUAUGCGUUACUAGAUCAGGCAAAAGAAGAAUCAAAUCCAGGAUUUGAUUUAAGACCUAUUGAUAUAAUAUCUGAAUUAGAUUUGGUUUUAAACAAUAAUUAUUCAUAUGAAUUUCAGUUUAUUUACGAUGUUGAAAAUCUUAUUGGAGAAUUGAGAGAUGGACACACCACCCUUUAUUCUGACUAUUAUAACAAAUACAAUUUUUAUCAGGGAUUUUCUAUGUACUCGGUGAUUAAAAAAGAUGGAACGCAGCAAAUUAAAGUUUUUAAUGACUUAAAAGAUCCUAGCAUCAAUGAUUGUCAGGUUAUAAAGAUAGAUGGCAGACCAGCGAUUGAUGUAAUUAUCGAAUUUGCAAGAAAUUAUACACAUCGGUCGAGAGAUUUGAGUUCUCGAUUUAAUUCAGCCCUUGCAUCGCUUGCUUUUGGAAAUGGUGAUUUUGGUAUAAGUGGUACAUCAUUCACAUUAAGAAAUCAAUUACCAAAAAGCCCAAGUACUUCUUAUACACUAAAUUGCAAUGGUAAAAUUUCUAAAAUUACUCGAGAAUGGAAAGUUUUUAUUAAAAAUGUGCAAUAUAAAUCUCCUUACAUUACUGGAACAUCAGUCGGAAAAGCAACCUUGAUCUUUGAUGCAUUCGUUGCCAGAUUUUAUGCAUUACGAGAUUUUGGCGUGGUCUUAAUUUCAACUGAAGAUAUUUUAAAUAGUGACUCUACUCUUGAAUAUCGUUUUCUGUCAGAUAUAGCUGUUGGAUUUAAAUUACUUGCCGACAAAGGUAUAAAAAAGAUUGUUUUAGAUUUAAGUAAUAAUGGUGGUGGCCUAAUUUUUGUUGCACACUAUAUAAAUAAACUCUUAUUUCCAAAUAUAAAAAACUUUCCGAUGGAUUUUAAGGUUAAUGAUGUUUCUAUUCCACUUAUCAAAGAAAUUUCAAAGCUUAAAAAAGGAAUCGGAUCUUUAUUUAGUUAUAAGACUUUUAUUUCUGCAAAGACAAACACUUCAUUUGAUAGUGUUACUGACCUUAUUGGAAAUAACACAUAUACUCGUGGUGGUGUUCAGGUUAAAUAUACUUCAAAAGCAUUUUUUAAUAAUACGACACAAUACAGUGGAAUUUUAAAACUUCCAACUCCUCCAAAACUUCCUUGGACUGAAAAAGAUAUCAUAAUUUUGACAAAUGGAUUAUGUCAAUCAUCAUGUGCAAUUAUAACUCAAAGAUUAGCUGAAAUUAAUGUUCCCACCGUAGUCGUUGGUGGAUUUCCGAAUACUCGGUUUUCUUUUGCACAAUAUGCUGUUGGAGCCUCAACAGCUACUACUAAUAUUAAAACUCUACUCAAACUACUUAAAAAUCUUGACAGUUCUUUAAUUUCUAAAUUAUCAUUUCCCCCAAAUUUAACUUUGGGUUUUACUAUAGCGGAAGCUUACAGUAUUAAAAAUCCGAAUGAAGUUAUGGAUUAUGCUUUUAGACCUGCUGACUAUCAAUUAUAUUAUGAUGAGCGGAGUAUUAGAGAUCCGAGUCUUUUGUGGAUACAGGCUGCAAAAUAUAUUGGAAAAUAA